AUGGCGUGGAAUGCCGGGAUGCCGGAAGUGGACGAAUACCUUUAUUGGGAAGCUAGACCUCCGCUCAUUCCACGAAGCCGCGACACGAUAAUGGACCGUGGAUACACCAACUUCCUGACGCAUCUUCACGCUGGAGGCACGAAGAUACCAUUGCAGAAGAUCCAGGCGACGUUGUCUCAUUUUCUCGCUCACGCGUCGCCCUUGCCGACGCCCUUAGCUGGGACAGUGGUGUCGAGUCCGCUGUUUCUCGCGUUGUCAUACCAGAGACUCCAAACGCUAUCUACCGCCUUUCGUUACUCACUUCACCUUAAGUAUCAGCUCAUUGAAGCCGAACUGGAGGAGCGUCGAUCUCAGAGUCUUGGAUGGGGCUUACUUGCGAACGUCUUUUCACGUGGAGUCAUUACACGGAUACAACAAUGGGUCGGUGCGAUUCUCAAAGGUCUCCAAGGGGGGCACCCUAUCCUGCGUCUGGCGUGCUGCUGCGGUAUCCUGCUGGGGAUGGAGGAUCUCCGCGUAGUUGUUCCCAAGGAGGGGGACGACAACCACAGACGGAUUACAUUCGAAGGAAGUACGGCCAAGGGGAAUGUCGAGGAUGAAGCCGUAGUUGCGCUUGCCGAGUCCAUGGACAGAUACUCGUACCUCGAAGGAGACGCCGGCUGGGAGAAGGAAUUCAGAAAGAUGGUGGAUGCUGAAGAAGUUGACGCCCUUUCCCUUUCUCUCAUAAUGAUGUCCCAAUGCGCGUCCCUCAUCCCAUCGGACAAACUUCGCGCGAUCCCCUUGCAGACUCUUUCCCGCCUGCUUGCUUCUUCCAUAGAAGCUACAUUUCAGUCAGGAACAUACUUGUCAAAGCUGGACGCAUCUUGUACCUUGGCGCAGGACGGCACACUCUCAGUGUCGGCGGCAUUUAAUGAUAGUAUCUUGGCCAUGUCGGCAUCCCCUCUGUUCGUGAAUAUCGGCCCUUUGUCUAGGCUAACAGCGCGUACAAUAUCUACUUUGAUGAACGUGCAACCAAGGGAGGGAUUGGUUGCUGCCGACGCUGUGUUAAUUAUUCUACAGAACGUCACUGACAGGGUGAAGAAUGGGUGGGAGGAAUCACUCCUAGGGGGUCUCACGAGUGACGAAAUGACUCCGGAAAUACAAGCGCUUUCUACGAAUAUCUGGACGACCUUCAAGACGAUGCUGUUCUCUGUCGUUAUGAUCUCCAAAGAAGUUCUGCAAGAAGCCGUUUACGUGUCGCCUACUUCCUACCAGCCCUCCUUCGACGGUUCAAAGAAUACGGCGCCAUCGGAUUUGGCACUACUGACGCUCCGGUCACUAUACAACCUUUCUUUUAUCAUCUACGAAUUCGGCGGGGUUGCUUCGCUCGUGUCAGCCGAUCAGGGAGGCGGCUUUAAAGAGCUCAAAGAAACGUUCUAUCUUGCCCUGGAUAAUCUGACUGGGCAACUCCUUCUCGACGCAGAUGAUCAACUCCCGGGUAGGCGUAGCCAAGUCGAAGCAUGGACCCGGGAAAUCUGUGCACAGAUACGAACUACGAUGCCCGUCCAAAGUGUUCACGCUUCCUUCGAGUGUGGCACCUUGACACGUCUGCGGGAUAACUCGAAGGAGAUGGUUAUCUCCACGGGUCCAAGAGCGAUGGCCGGCCUGCACAAUCUCCGUACUCAGGUCCUGGUCCAUUGUCGCCGCGCCAAGACAGCCUUUGUACUGGCCACGAUCGAGCAACUGAUACCAGUCUUGAGCGCAGGUUCAUUGCAAGAUUGGGUGUUACCCAUCUGCUUACCAAUACUAGAAGAUGACGAACAUCGGGAAGCAUACGAAUCGGCACAUUCCGUGCUGUUGGCUAUAUUCAGCUCUCGUGCACAGGAUCUUCUGGCUACGCCCCACGACAUCGACCCUUACCCGUCGGCGAACAGCCAUGACAUGUCGGAAAGACAAUCUCAAAAGCUCGCAACUAAUAUAGAUACCAACAUUGCUGUCCGUCUGCUGCCGCUAUACACCAGCUAUCUGAUCGAGGUAAUACACGCCACAAUCUGCGGACCAUAUGCUGAUUUCCUCGCCCAAAUAACCCCUUCGAAUCUCCUUCCAAAAUGUUGGAGCUCUAGACAAGGGAAACUCAAUGUCCAUCAGCUUCGCUUGGCAUUCUCCACUGUCGUAAGAUUCGCCAGCGCCAGUGUCAAAGCGACUACUUCAGAAGAGCCGACGAGCACGGCUGAGAAAUACGGCCUCACGUGGUACUGCAUCGAGGCUCUACUCAACGCCAUUCGGGAUCUGAGUGAAGAACGCACGAGGUCACAGUCUCUGGGCGCGUAUGACGACCACAGACAUCGGCUACAUUUGAUGUUAAUCUCGACUAUUCCCUCCCUCCCUUUGGAUCUGCUGCCCCGUGUCCUCGACGAAAUCCGGGCUAUAAUUAUUCAAGGCAGGAAACGUCACCUUGAUUUAGGAUCGACACCUGCUCGAUUAGCUGACAGAGAGGCGAGACGCAAAGAGCUUAAUCAGGCCUUGUUGAGCGAGAUCCUGGAGGGUGUGGGCGAUCUGGAAAAGGAUUUUGUGAUGAGAUGGUGGUAUGAUAACCGGCACAUCUUGGAAGAUGAUAUCAGGCUCGGCGCUGAUCAUCAGCGUCUGGGAAGUGCUAGAAAAAAAGAGGUCAAGAAUCCUGAUGGUGCUCUAUCUCGUUUGUAG